AUGGGUCAUCAUACCAUGCCUCUCCCUCGCAUCCCAGACCUGAGUCUCCCAUCUUUUCGAGAGCUCGACGAGUCUGUCGAAGCCAACAGGCACAACCAACCGAGCUCGCAUCCCCCUAACAAUAUGUACGAUGGAACAGGUAACAGUUCCUCGUCUUCGCCACAGAAGAUGACUACAAUUCCCAAUCUGUACCCACCCUAUCCAGCUAAUGGAUGGCUUGUCCCGCCUGACCCCAGCCAGAAUGCGUUUCGAGCGCCCGGAUUUACCUACCAAGACGUCUCUACCGGGGUGAUUCAACGCAAUGUGAACGUGGACAGAGAGAACCAUCCCACCCCUCACCUCCCUCACCGGUUGAAGGAAACCAUGCCAUUGCAGGUAUCCCCAACCCCCACGCAGUCGACUCUUAGUUCUGCACAGACAACACUCCGCGAGCAGCUAUCUCCAAACACCCCGGUGUCAUCUAUCCCGGAGAAGAUAUCCCCCAACGCGCCACGACAAAUCCCAACAAAUCGGGUCACACUGAAGCAGGUCAACCGCCAAAGGAUCAACCGCGAUGCGGCCGCCAACCACCGAGUCCAGAGACGGCGAGUCAGCGUUCACUUCUCCGAGGUAGCAGCCCACACCGCAAAGUGCGAUGUCUGCAACAAGCGCAACAAGAACGGCAUGUCUCGCUGCCAGAACUGCGGCUGGCAAAUCUGCCGCAAGUGUCUGACCGACCGAAACGGAGACCGAACUCACGCUUCCUUCGGAGCUACCCAUGUCCCCGAGGGCGGAGGCGAUAUGGCCAUGUCUUUGUCAUCUGUGAGUGGGAACGAAAACCGCCGAUCCCCGGAGUCCAAUGCUGAAGUCAGGGCUGCACAAACCCUGCUUGAUCUUGGAUCUUUUGGUAACGCAACCGGAACUACUGCUACAAGCGGCGAUAUGAAAGGUAAUGCAGGUGGACAGAAUGUGUUUACUGCACGUGGCCGAGUCUUGCAGAGGCAGGUCGAUACUUUGUCUACUGAUUCUGAUAUGACCUUGUCAGUUGUUGGAGAUGAGGAGUGGUGGCGUCAGGAUGAGUCUGAUAUUCCUAUUGGGGAGGAUGGUCUGCCUGUUGGAUACAUCAUAACACGUCGUAACCCUGCGCGUGCUGCGAGACCUUCUACGAAGAUGGCGGAGUAA